AUGAAUACAAGAUCAAUUUUAUUUGUCAUUCUCAUAUACAUAACCACUUUAGUCACACCAACAGUCAUCCCGCAUGUAGAAACUUUUCAACUUAGCGAAGAUGAAAUGAAACAUUUAGUAGAUGACCCCAAAGUUACCCACAAGGUAACAUUUACCAUUAGUCAAAAACAACCUGAUUCUCCCAACAUGUCCUUGUUGGGUAAAUUAACAUUGGCAUUAUUUGGCGAAGUGUGUCCUAUAACAGUUGAUAAUUUUUAUCAGUUAUCAGCCAUGACUCGUGGUUAUGGGUACAAAGAUAGUCAAUUCCAUCGUAUAAUCAACAAUUUUAUGAUUCAAGGUGGAAAUUAUGAUGGUCAAGGUGGUAAGCUGAUUUAUGGUGGAAGUUUCAAUGAUGAAAAUUUUAAAUUGAAACAUGAUAAAUUGGGUCGAUUAUCAAUGGCUAAUGCUGGUGCAAAUACCAAUGGUGGGCAGUUCUUCAUUUUAAAUGUUGACAAGACCCCACACUUGGAUGGGAAACAUGUGGUAUUCGGCCAAUUAGUAGGUGGAUUCGAUACAUUAAUGAGAAUAAGUACAGUUGAAGUUGAUGGUGAUUCAAAGCCUUUGGACCUGAUUAUUAUUGCUGAUGUAGAAACUGCAAAAUUGAGCACUGAUCCACAAAAUGGCGAUGAAUUGGAAUCUAGCGCAAAAUUGGAAGAAGCUAAACCAAAAGAAGAUGAAGCCAAAAUUGAACAAGUUGUUCAAACUAGUUCAGUUUACCCUUGGCUUAUUGUCUUACUUUUGAUUGGAAUUGUUGGUGGUACUUAUUACAGAAAAAUUCAUAAAGCGGAAAGAAUUACUGAUAUUAGAGGCAAUCGACGUUUCUGA